AUGGAAAUAAAAAAGCUCUUGUGGGUUGUUGCUCUAUCCCUUGCUUUGGUUCUCCAAGUGGCCAAGAGCUUUGAUUUCAACGAGGUGGAUUUGGCAUCUGAGGAAAGCUUGUGGGACUUAUACGAGAGAUGGAGGAGUCACCACACGGUUUCUCGAAGCCUCGAUGACAAGCACAAGCGGUUUAACGUGUUCAAAGCUAAUGUGAUGCAUGUCCAUGAUACUAACAAAAUGGAUAAGCCGUAUAAGCUGAAACUAAACAAGUUCGCUGACAUGACCAACCAUGAAUUCAGGAGUGCCUAUGCUGGCUCAAAGGUUAAUCACCAUAGAAUGUUCAAAGGCACGCCACGUGGGAAUGGAACCUUCAUGUAUGAGAAGGUUCACAGAGUUCCUCCUUCUGUGGAUUGGAGGAAGAAAGGCGCUGUUACUCCUGUCAAGGAUCAAGGCCAUUGUGGUAGUUGCUGGGCGUUUUCAACUGUUGUUGCUGUUGAAGGCAUUAACCAAAUCAAGGGAAAUAAGCUAGUCUCCUUGUCUGAACAAGAGCUGGUGGAUUGUGACAAUGAUGAAAAUGCAGGGUGCAAUGGUGGGCUAAUGGAAUAUGCUUUUGAGUUCAUCAAGCAAAAUGGAGGCAUAACAACAGAAAGCAGUUACCCUUAUACAGCAUCAGAUGGAUCCUGUGAUGCAUCAAAGGCAAAUGAUCCAGCUGUGUUAAUUGAUGGCCACGAGACUGUCCCUGCCAACGAUGAAGAUGCAUUGCUCAAAGCUGUUUCUAACCAACCUGUAUCCGUAGCCAUAGAUGCAGGGGGAUCUGAUUUCCAGUUCUACUCAGAGGGAGUAUUUACUGGCACUUGUGGCACGGAGCUAGAUCAUGGUGUAGCAGUUGUGGGAUAUGGAACAACUGUUGAUGGAACUAACUACUGGAUAGUGAAGAACUCUUGGGGACCAGAAUGGGGAGAACAGGGUUACAUCAGAAUGCAAAGGAACAUAUCUGACAAGAAAGGACUCUGUGGCAUAGCAAUGGAGGCUUCCUACCCAAUCAAGAACUCCUCCAAUAAUCCAACAGGACGUUCAUCAUCUCCUAAAGAUGAACUUUGAAUGCUUCCCACAAAACUAAGCUUUAAUCAGUCUUGGUUGUCGUUUACUAGUGUGUU